CGAAAUAUUUUUGUCUACUCUCAAAUAACUAUUAUCCUACUCGUUUUACCACAUGUCGAAACGCAUAUUUAUUACUCUUUUACAAGCUAAAAGCUCAAGUGGAGCGAUCUAUGGGCUUCUUGCAGUUUACCAACACGACAAUGGCCGAAUUGUCCGUAUAAGAUAUUUUUUAUUGGCUCAUACAUCUAAACCUGCCAUGUCUUUGGUUUUAAAAAUGGCGUAUACAAGCUUUUUGUUUGCCGGUUUACGCUGUUGAAUGAUUAGUUUGCGAGACCCUGUGCGUAAUUGAACGACACGUUAACGUGAAUAUGAGAAUAAAGUACAUGUGUAGAUACAAUAAUCCACACCAUGGAUCCGUGAACAUAUUUUUUUAGCGUUAUGGUGAAUUAGAAUGGUGCCUGUGGUUUGUCAAGCUCGCACGUCGACAGGUUACCCGUUUGAAACGUAAAUAUCAUCUAGCGGGCGUUUUAUAUUUCAGAUAUGACAGCGUCGCAAAAUAGUAGAUAAUGGAGAGUUCCGAAGACGAUGCGGGCGCCGCGACGAACGCUUCCCGCCGUGUAUCGGCGCGGGAAAAGGACGUUGGACAGAUUGAGGACGUCAAUGCAACUAGUAGUUUACAGCAGGACUCAUCUGAACCAAGAACAUCAUGUGAAACUCCCGCAAUGUCGGAAGAAAAUUUCGAUGGAGACAGCGUUCCGUCUCCGUCGACGCAAGAUGUCAACACAAGCACAGAAGCGAUUUUGGAUAUGAUAGACGAGAUCGUAGACGGACCCGGAGCACCGAAGCGUUUACCUUUAUCCCUGGAAAACGAUACCGACAGCAGAUUUGCCGGUGGGGGAGAGUCCACUAUAAGUGUAGAUAUUAUAAACAGUGAUGACAGUUCAUUAAAAUCACAAAAUGCAGCCCCUGCCACAAGUGCCAAAAUCGAAGAAGAACAAAGUUUAAAAUCAAAUUCGUCUAAUGAUCUGACAUCUCAAAGUGAAAAUUUGGCAGACGUAAAAGUGGAUUGUGCUGAGUUGCGACAAACAAGUUCAUCCGUACUCGCUAGUAAUGACUUGGAAGUGUCAAUUGAUACUCAAAAAGACACAGUAUCAUGUUCAGAAGAGCCCCAGGACAGUUCUGUUUUAAAUAUUCCUUCCAGCAGUGUUGUACAGAUUGUUCAAAGUGUUGCAGAAACUGAGAGUUCACCUUGUGAAAGGACAGUGAAAAGUGUGACGUCUAGUGAUAAUAAAGACAAUGUUAUUGUAGAAAGUGCUGAAUCAACGUCAAGUGACAAUAGUAUUAGUGAGGGAAGAGUCCCUGUAGUGGAGUCUUUAACAAGAUCACCAUUGCGACGUAGACUUGUGCGUCCCUUGCCUAAUAGGCCAGAUUCUACUGUGUCAUCCACGGCAGACUCAAGUAUUAAUGUUCACACAUCUGAACAGGCAAGUGAAUCUAUAAUUAAAGAUGUAUCUAGCUCUUCGGAUGCUGUGCCCUCUGUACAUGGUAAUAUUAAGCCAGAAGAGAUUAGAAGUGUAAGUGAAAUUAGUAUCUGCAAAGCAGAAACAUCGAGAGGUCCUACUAAAAAAGUUAAGCUUAUUAGACAAAAAAUUAUUCCCCAAACAAGUAAUACUCAGACUGAUCAAAAAAGUGAUACACUAAAGCAAACGCAGGCACAAACCGAUCAAUGUCAAUCAACAUCCUCUGAGACCUCAGUUAUUUCUACGGAGUCUUCUGAUAAGCCUGAGAUAGAGGUGAAGCCAUUAGAAACAAAUAUUUCUUGUGAUAAAAUUUCUGAAAAUGUACCUAACAAAUCACCUGAAUGGGCACAAGAAAUAUUGCCAGAAAGCACAAAAGAGACACCUCAAAACACCGAAAAAACAAAAGAAUGCAUUACUCACAUGGACGCAGUACCCGAAAAAGAUAGUUUAGAAAAUGAGCAUAGAUUAUCACCCUUAAAUCUUAAUCUUACUGCUACAAAUGCUCCAGAACCUACUGAAUCAAAUAGUAAAGAAAUAGAAAAUAUUGUUAAUGAUGAUUCCAUUGUAAAUUUAGGUGAAACUGAUGAAUUAAAACAAGUACCAAAAUUGACAAUUAAAUUGAGUAAUAAACAUACAGAAGAAAUCAAACCUCCUGUACCAAAACUCACAAUAAAGCCUAUAAAGCCUCCAUUAGAAUACAACAGUGAAUCAGAUGUUAAGGAACAAAUACCUCAUGUAACUAAGCUAAAUAUUAAACCUUUGACUAGACAACCAGAAAAAAUAAAUGAGAUACAUCGAAAAUCCAGCAGUAGUGAAAUAUCAGAAUCUGAGUAUUCUGAAAAUGAUGAGAGUACUAGUACGUCAGACCAUGCAUCCGCAUCAGAUCAAGGAUCAUCAGAAAUAGUGCCCAAAGUAACAAUAAAACUUGGAAAACCAGGUACUGAAUCUGAGGGUCAAUUUUACACAGAGAAAAAUGUACCAAAACUUACCAUAAAAGCGGUACAGAAUUGUGAGCUUCAAGAGCAAAUGUCUCCAACAAAAUUGAAGGUCAUUUUGAGUCAAUCAGAAGAUACACAUAUUGAUAAAGUACCAAAAUUAACUAUCAAGACAUUAGCUAAAAGUGAGAGUCAACCACUUAGUCCAAAACUGAUAAUAAAACCCAUUAAACCUCCUGAUGAAAAGGAAAUAGAAAGUGGUGUUGAAAAUACCCAAUCUCCUGAUGUACCGAAGCUAAAAAUUUCAACAGAGACUAUCUCAACAAGCAUUGAAGGUAAAGAUCUAGGCCAUAUACCUAAAAUAACAAUCAAGCCAAUAUCUAAACCUGAAACUGAUGUUACUAAGAGUAAAAAAUUGACACCUUAUGAAAACAUUGAGCAGCAUAUUCCUGUUGUGACAAAGUUAAAUAUUAAGCCUGUAGUAAAACAUUCUGACAAUACUUCAUUAUCUGAGGGCUUGGAAGAAAAAGUUCCUGUAGUUUCAAAAUUAAAUAUUAAACCUAUAAUAAAACCUAAGGAUAGCGAAAUUGAUUGUAGUAAAGAUGAUGUACCUAAGAUUACAAAAUUGAAUAUUAAGCCCAUAAAAAGCCCUGAAACAAAUUCUGAAGAAAAAGACUGUGAUGUUUUAAAAACUGAUGUAGAUGAAAAUAGUAUACCUGUUAUUACUAAACUUAAUAUUAAGCCUAUUAUUAAGCCAUUACAUGAAGAUUCUCUAAAGGAUAUCGAAAAUCAAUCAUCUGAAACAGGAAACUCAAGUGAUGAUAAUGCUGAUCAAAUACCUAUAGUUACAAAAAUUAAUAUUAAGCCUAUAUUUAAACCAAAUGAUGUGGAAGAGUCAGGACCAAGCAUUAAAAAGGAAGAAAAUAUUCCAGUAAUUACUAAAUUAAAUAUUAAGCCAAUAAUUAAGCCUGACGAAAACAUAUCUCCUCAGUCGCCUAAGAAAGAAAUCUCAAAAGUUACUUCUACAACAAGUAAUAUAACAAAACUAAAUAUAAAACCUGUAAUUAAGCCUGAAGAAACAAAAGAAAAAGAGUCACCAAUAUCAAAUGAAGUUGAAGAAACUCCUGCAAAAAAUCCACCAAUAGUAAUGAAAAUAAACAGAAAAUCAGUUGUGAAUGAAAGUCAAUAUAGUAUUGAUAAGAAAAGUGAUCAUGAACAUUGUAAUAACAUUAGCAGCUUAGCUCCUGCUGUUUCCAAAAUUAAUAUAAAACCUACUAAAUACACCAAUAUGGAACCAUCAGAACAAGCAAAUGUUGAGUUCAAAGAGCCUGAUGUAAAUUAUAAAUUAACAUCAAGUAAUAGUGAAUCAAAAGAAGACUCUACAAAUCAGAAUUCCUUAGAAAAAUCUCAAAUAAAGGAGAACUGUGUAACUGCUUUGCAAAAAGAUGAUGAAAAUAUGUCUUGUACUAAAGUACAAGUUUUAUCAACACUAUUAAGCGACAGUACACCUGUGACAGAAUCAAUAUCAGAUCCGAUUUUACAAAAAGAAAAAAUAUCUCAUGCUGAUUUUUCCUCUUACAAAGAGAUACUACAUUCUAAUGUAACUUCUGAGAAUGAGCGUACAGACAGGAACACAUAUGAAGAAGCAACUAACUUCCAAUCAGAUUUAGUCUCAAUGGCAAAUAUAUCAAGUGAUAAAACAAAACAAAAGAACAUGCCUCCAAGACAAAAUUGUACAUUACUUAAAAAAUUACUUGAAACAAGGAAAGAUAAAAGUUUGGAUGGGGAAGUAGGAAAUAAAAUAAAUACUACAAAGUUUCCUUCACCACUUAUUAUAGACCCACCUAAAUCACCAUCCAAAAAUGUGAAUGUUAAAAGCGAUCUACUCAUAGAAAGAACAAAGCUAGAAAUUAAAAACGAUACACCUGAUUGCUCCCAAACAAAAGAAAUAAAAAUAAAUGAUGUAAGUUCAAGUUUACCACCUUUAAAAGUUCGUUCUAUGCAAGAGUUGUGUAAAGAAGCGAAUGAAAAUGUUACAAAACCUCUUGAAAUAAAUAUUUCUGAUAAAAUUUCACAUCAAAGUCCAGAUCAAGACUCUCCUAGAAUAAUAUUAAAAAUUAACAAAACUGAUCAAGGAGCAUCUGCAAAAAUUAUCACUGAAGAAACAAAAAAAUCUGAAGUGCAAUAUUCACCUGAAAACACUCAUGAAACAAAUAAUGAUGCACAUCAAAGAAAAAAUCUUAUUAACACCAGAAGAAAACCUCAUACAGAUACUCCAAUGCCGAUGGGUAAAAGAUUGAGAAGUUCAAGAGUUUUACAAACUUCAGAUAAGUCUCCAAUUGCACGUAGAAACAUGGGUAAAAGACCUUCAACGACUGAAACAAGUUCUCCACAAAGUAAUGAAUCAGAAUUGUCUGUUUUAGAGACAAAGAAAUUAAAACUUGGUCAACUGCUGUCUAAUAAAUCUUUGACAAUCACACCCGUGGUUUCAAAAGCAUCUGCAGUUUCAGCACCUGUGAAACCCUUAGAAAUAAAGCAAGGGGGCAGAAAUCAUUCACUUUUAAACAAUGAAAAUUGUGCAAAAAAUGGAAGCUCUAAAUUACAUAACAUUUUAACAAAUUUACAAGCAAAGCAAUUACAAACUAUGCCUUUUACUGAUCAUAACCAUUCUGAAAAUAAUCAAAGUCUGAGCCCCGAUUUAAUGUCAAGUACUUCAACUUGCAGUCCAGACUUGGUAUCUGACAGUGUGUCAAACGAAAAGAGUAGACCUGAGGUACAAAUGAUUUUUAAUGAUAACUCUGAAUCUCGAGAUUUUAAUAUAGGGACAGAAGAAACAGUUCGGGAUCCCCUAGAAGUUGAUAAUGUUAAACCCAAUGACAUCAUACAUGACAUUCCUAAACCUGUAGAAAUGACGCCUCAGCCCAAAAAGCGUGGACGACCACGAAAAAUACCAGUUUCAGAAGGCGCGAAAACGGCCAUCAGUCUGCCUGCCACGGCACUUGAAGAACGACCGCAGCGAUCACUUCGAUUGUCAAGGGAUCGUCCGGUUAUACUGGUGAAACCGAGAGGCAGGGGCCGAGGGAGAGGCCGCCGACUCGACACAGAAGCGAAUCCGGCCCCGCUCGCCGAGCCCGUCGUGGAUACUGCCAACAAGUUUUUUGUCGACCAAAAGCCAGAGGAAGAAAUAGAUCCGACGAGCUCGCGUAUUAAGUUGCCACGCAUGACGGAGGCGCUCGACAAAAUGCCCUCAAUGUGCUCGACGCCCCUGACGAGUAGGGGGCGAAAUUCCUCGACGGAUUUACAGCUUUUCGGUAGCAGUCCAGAUAUUAAAGUCGUUCUGGAGACGACGCUUCCGAAAAUGGAGGAUCCGUUUUUGAAAUCGCCCGAAAUGAUAAGCGAAACGAGAGGUCGAGGGAGCAGAGGCGGCCGGGGCAGCCGCGGGGGAAGAGGACGCGCGCCCGCUCGCAGCCCGCGCGGGCGCGGCCGGGGCCGGGGCGGGGGCCGGGGCGCGAUGUACAUGAAGGAAACUAUGGGUAUUUAUGGAAGGGUGUGUGGUCCUGCAACUACCACUGUUCAGUUAUUUGAGGAGGAAACUUGCAUGAUGGACGACAACGCUACUCCCGCUAAACCUUCCCAUUUGUUAGACGAAGACUCUCAAAGUUCUGUAAAAAGUUUAACCAAUGAUAGUAACAAAAUGAGGAAGUCAAAAUUUGCAGAUUUGUUUGAUAGUAGUAAAGUAUGGACUGCUGCAGACGUUAAAGAAUACACAUGGCCACCACCUGAAAAAUCUGAAAGAGAACAUCAGGUAAUGAUGAUACAAGAACAAGUAGCAAUGUUCCUUGGUGUUAAAAGUUUCAAAAGACGUUACCCUGAGUUAAAACGGCGGACAAUCACUGGAGAAGAGAGGGACUAUGUUCUUAGUAAAGGAUUAGUCACGGAAGCUCUCUGUGACCUCGGUAUAACCGCAGUGGAUGCCAGUGAGGUGCUAGACAUCAUGCUUUCCGACUACCCGCACAAGUAUGAAGAGUUCAGGUGUCAUCAGCGGGAGAGGCAACUCGCUGAACCAGUCGUAGAGGAAAUUGAAGAAACAAAGGCUGAAGUUAAAGUGGAAAAGGUGGAAAGUAAGGAGCAAAAAGUUGUUGAACAAAAACUUGAACCACCAAAAGUUGAUCCAGAGAAGACAAGACAGGACAUGGCGGCGGCCGCAGUGGCGUCGGCGAGCGAGUGGAACGCGCGGCUGAACGCGAUGCGGCGGCCGGCGUGCGCGGACUUGCAGUCGCUGGCGGUGCAGCGCCGGCGCGCGCCGCCGCCGCCGCCGCGCCUGCGCGUGCGCCCGCCCGCCGGCUUCUACCCGCACGCGCUGCUGCCCGGCCAGUACGCGCACGCCUACCGCCAGUACGCGCCGCAACACCUCAGGUACUUCCCGCUGAACACGGCGCUGGCGGCGCCGCCGGCGGUCGCGUCGCCUCCGGAGUCCAGCUCGGAGUCGGACGGCGAGUGGGGCAGCAGCUCCUCCUCCGACUGCGACACCGACGCGCUGCGCGGAGCUAAGAGAAAAAAGCUUACGAAGAGCAAGCGCAACAGCCAGGCGGAGGGCUCGACGGCGAGCAAGGAGGACGAGGCGGUGGACACGUGCCGCGUCUGCAAGCUGCGCCUCGAGGCCAACCGCAAGUACACGCACGAGCGCUUCCUCGUCUGCGCCAACUGCAACGCCAAGCUGCACCCGUCGUGCGUGGAGCUGGGCCCGGACACGAUCCGCAAGGCGCGCGAGUACGCGUGGCAGUGCGCCGAGUGCAAGACGUGCGGCGCCUGCGCGCGCCCCGCCGACGACGACAAGAUGCUGUUCUGCGACCUGUGCGACCGCGGCUUCCACAUCUACUGCGUGGGCCUGCCCGCCGUGCCCACCGGUCGCUGGCACUGCGUGGAGUGCGCCGUGUGCAAGUCGUGCGGCGCGCGCGAGCCGGGCGGGGCGGGCGGCGCGGGCGGGGCGGGCGGGGCGGAGGGCGCCGGCGGGGCGGGCGCGGCCGACGCCGAGUGGCACCACCAGACGCGGCGCGGGCCCGGCGGACACAAGCUCUACUCGCACUCGCUGUGCACGCCCUGCGCCAGGGCGUAUCGCAUCGGUCGCUACUGCCCGCUGUGCGAUCGCUCCUUCAUCGGGCCCAAGGGGACCAUGCAGCUCGUCAUUUGUAAGCUCUGCGAUAGGCAACUGCAUCAAGAGUGCGUUAGGCGGACGGGCGCGGCGCUGCACGUGCUGGACUACACGUGCGCCGAGUGCCGGCGCGGCGGCAUCACGUCGCGCGCCGCCGCCGUGCGCCUGGCGCCGCGCACCAUCGCCACGCUCUUCAUGGCCAAGCGCCGCUUCAACAAGUACGCGCACCGCCAGUACCUGCAGAGCCGCCGCAGCGACGACGCCGACUAGGCGACCGCGGCGGCUAGCUGGCCGAUCGUACUACUUCAAUAUUCUUUUUUUUUUUUUUUUGUAAAGUUAGCGAAACCGUGUACGCGUCCCCGUGUUAUUUAUGUCGAAGGUUAGGAGAUCGAAUGUGCCGUUCCGUCGCGGGAUGAUUUCGUAGACUCUGACGUUUAUGUGUGUGUGGUUUAAGUGAGGGAGAGUAUCUUAAUUAGAAUGUUUUCUCUGCGAAUGAUUACUCGAAAACUGGUAAAUAAACUGUAUAUUAAAAAAAAA